CAAUUGUUGCGUGUUCAACGUGUAACAUGGUGUAACGUCAACGGCUUUAUGGCGCGAUAUUGUGAGCGUUUAUCGGGAAAUGUAAUUUAAAGAGAAUAUUCCUAUAACAGAAUAACUUAUAACAGAAAUGUCUUAUGUGCGUUGUGUUAUCAAAUUUAUGUAUGAAAGUUCGAUGAAUCGUUGUUUGUAACAGUGUAAUCGGUUCAACAGUGGAGUAAUCUACAGAGGAUCGUCGCAGGCUUUAUUGCGUGAUCCGUACAUAAAUAUUGCAAUUUCAUUUGAAUAGGUCUAUAUCAAUUAAAAAAUGACCACCUCGUUAUCGAUGUUAGCAAGCCACGAUGAAGUGGUGCGAUGUACUGAUGUGCUCAUAAAUGGAGCUUGCGAAGAAGAAUUUUUACAUUUUGCUAUAAAUCAAGAGGAAAUGAGGCAAAAAUGGCUGGCAUCGAUACAAGAAUGUCAACGACUCCAUUCAGCCUUGGACAAAGCUCAUCAAGAAGCAGCUGAUUUGGAUAGAAAAUUGAGUCAUGCAAGGAGGCUUUUAGAUGAGGAAAAAAGAAAAAGACGGACUGUAGAAGAACAGAGAAACUCAUUAGAAAGACAAAUUGCUAUGGCCAGAGAUCUUUUAUUUAAUGAUGGUGGUAGGAAUUUAAAUGAUGAAACACGAGAGAAACUGCAAUUUUUAAAUAAUACUACACUGAAUGGACGUCACAGUAAUAUCCACAUUAAAGAUUUACAUCAUAAUGACAAAUUGAAUACUAUAGCGGAGCUGGACUCCACUGGCUCUAUAUUGAGCGAUUUAAGUUGCUUUUCAAAGUCUGAAGAUGACUUAGACACCAGUAUAAUUAUUCAACAAAAUCAAAAGAAACGAGAAUGGAAAGAACACAGACCCAGUGGUGAAUAUUCUACAAAGAAACGUCGUAGCACGUUACAAAAAGUUGCAGAAUUAAAUGCAUCUGAUAGAAUAGUAGCUACAACUACUGUAGUAAUGCCUAAAGAAGGUACUAUCACUGCAUCUUCUGUAAUUGAGACUAUACCUGGAGACGAGAACAUAGAUCCACAAGGUCCUCUACAUAACUCGUGCAAAAGACAUAAAAGUAGUGAACGUAGUAAAUCGAAAUUGACACCUGUCGAUAUGAAACAAACGCAUAUUGAUACUGCUCCUUCUGCGCCAAAAGCGGAAAUUCUUACAUCGGGAUCAGAUUCUGAGGGUGUUUUCAAACCUAGUCCAAAUAUAGGGGGAUACACAUUAAAUACAAAAUCCGCGAGAGGUCACAGUUUUAUGUCAAAAACAGUAAUUAAACCAGAAGUUUGUACACCCUGUGAUAAAAGAAUUCGUUUUGGAAAAGUAGCCCUAAAGUGUAGAGACUGUAAAGCUACAGCUCAUACAGAAUGUAAAGAUUUAGUACCAUUACCUUGUGUGCCCACUGGAAACACGCCUACUCUACGCGGUACGUCGGGAACGAUAGCAGACUAUACACCUAUGAUUCCACCUAUGGUACCAUCAUUGGUUGUUCAUUGUAUCAAUGAAGUGGAACUAAGAGGAAUGAGCGAACAAGGAUUAUACAGAGUGAAUGGUGGUUUGACAGAAGUGAAAUGUUUGAAAGAAAAGUUUCUUAGAGGCAAAGGAGCUCCUAAUCUUUCCGAUGUUGAUAUACCUACCAUAUGCUCUACUCUUAAAGAUUUUCUCAGGUCGUUACGAGAACCAUUAAUUACAGUUGGUUUAUGGGCUGACUUUGUUCGUGCCACUACAAUUAUUGACAAACAAGAUGCCGAUGCUGCUUUAUACCAAGCAAUUUCAGAACUACCUCAACCUAAUAGAGAUACACUUGCUUUCCUGAUAUUGCAUUUACAAAGAGUUUCAAGUAGUCCAGAAUGUAAAAUGCCUAUAAGUAAUCUAGCUAAAGUUUUUGGGCCUACGUUGGUGGGUUAUAGUUGUCAAGAACCGUCACCUACUUCUUUGCUUUCGGAAACGAAAAAUCAAGUCGCAAUAGUAGAAAGUUUAUUGAAAAUUCCGUCGGAUUACUGGGCAAAUUUUGUCAAUCCCGAAAAUUUAAGCAGCAUUGGUACUCAUAAAACGGUAGAACUAAGACAUACACCGUCCACAGAGUCUCUACUUAAACGUAGCACUUCUCGCGGCUUCUUCAAUACUCCACUUGCUUCUAGUAGAACGUUUAUGAAGAGAAAUAAAAAAUACUUCGCGACACCUCCCUCUAAAGCAGGUUUCUAAGAAGAUUAAAUAUAUACUUAUUAUUUACAUUGAGGUACAAAUAUUUCAAAAUAAUUAUUAAUCAUUUGUAAUUUGAACAUAAUAAUUUCUUUCUACCAAUAUUUAUUACUGUUCUAUAUCGUGUUGAAAAACUUGUAACAUUAUGAUGCAAAAAUAUGUUC